AUGGAAAAAGAAAAAAUGAGAUUUAUAAAGGAAGAGGAAGAUUUGAUCAGCAAACUUCCAGACGUACUUCUAUCUUCUAUCAUUUCUUUACUUCCUCUCAUGGAAGGUGUGAGAACUAGUGUGCUUUCAAGACGAUGGGAAACAAUGUGGAAAUGCUCAUCUCAUAUGAGCUUUGAUCAAAGAAAAAUGUUGAAGCUUUUGAUUGAAAAUUACAUUAGAACUUCUGAACCAACCACACGCCUUAAAAUGGCUUUGGGUCGUAAGAUGUCUCCGGAAGAUGAACAAUAUUUUGAUUCAAUUGCUCAAGCAGCCAUAUUAAUUACAUCAAUUAUAGAUAAUCACAUUGGUCCUUUGAAAAGUUGUAGCAUUCGUCAUUUAGUUGAGAGUUGUGCAAGUGGGGAUGUUGUUAGAUGGAUGAGAAAGCUUUUGGUGAAAGGGGUGACAGAGGUUUCAAUGGAGCUUGAAUCCUUUGAUUAUUGUCACCAAAUAAAAGAUAUAUCCUUAAUGGAAGUUGGGUGGAACCUUAAUAUUCCUUUUGACAUUUUCUCUAAUUUCAAGGUUCUUAAGUUGAAGAACUAUCGAUUUAACACAAUACCUUUUUCAAAUUCUUCUCAGGAUUCAAUGUUAAGAUAUAUAGUCUGA